GAAAGCUAUUGCCAAGUCCAGCCUCCAGCACAUGGUAGCCCAGCCAAACCCUGCACUAGCCCUGAGGAGCGACUCAGAGAGGCAGAUACGCAGCACUGUGGACUGGAGCGAGACUGCAGUCUAUGGGGAGCACAUCUGGUUUGAGACCAAUGUCUCUGGGGACUUCUGCUACGUUGGGGAGCAGAACUGUAUGGCAAAGCUGCUGCAAAAACCUCUCUCCAGGCGUAAAUGUGCAGCCUGCAAGAUCGUAGUGCAUACGCCCUGCAUCGAACAGCUGGAGAAAAUAAAUUUCCGCUGCAAACCUUCCUUCAGAGAGUCGGGAUCUCGAAACGUACGGGAGCCCAUCGUUGUCCGGCAUCACUGGGUACACCGGAGACGGCAGGAAGGGAAAUGCCGGCAGUGUGGCAAGGGCUUCCAGCAGAAGUUUGCCUUCCACAGUAAAGAGAUUGUAGCCAUCAGCUGUUCCUGGUGCAAGCAAGCGUAUCACAGCAAAGUGUCAUGUUUUAUGCUGCAACACAUCGAAGAGCCCUGCUCGCUGGGUGCUCAUGCUGCUGUCGUUGUUCCUCCCACCUGGAUUCUGCGGGUCCGGCGGCCCCAGAAUCCACUGAAAUCUAGUAAGAAGAAGAAGAGGACAUCGUUCAAGCGGAAAUCCAGCAAAAAGGGAGCCGAGGAAGGGAGGUGGAAACCCUUUGUCAUCAAGCCCAUGCCAGCUCCUCUUAUGAAGCCCUUGUUGGUGUUUGUGAACCCCAAGAGCGGUGGAAAUCAGGGAGCCAAGAUCAUCCAGUCCUUCAUGUGGUAUCUCAACCCACGGCAAGUUUUUGACCUCAGCCAGGGUGGACCCAAGGAGGCGCUGGAGCUAUACCGCAAGGUCCACAACCUCCGGAUCCUGGCAUGUGGGGGAGAUGGCACGGUGGGCUGGAUACUCUCCAUUCUGGACCAGUUACGCCUCAACCCACCUCCUCCUGUGGCCAUCCUACCUUUAGGGACAGGGAACGACUUGGCCAGGACGCUGAACUGGGGUGGGGGUUACACAGAUGAGCCUCUGUCCAAGAUCCUGUCGCAUGUGGAAGAUGGGAACAUUGUGCAGCUCGAUCGCUGGAACCUCCGUGUGGAGCCAAACACUGAUGCAAACCCUGAGGAAAAGGAUGAGGCGGCCACUGACAAGCUCCCCUUGGAUGUCUUUAAUAACUAUUUCAGCCUUGGCUUUGAUGCGCGGGUGACACUGGAGUUCCACGAAUCCCGAGAGGCCAACCCAGAGAAGUUCAACAGCCGAUUUCGGAAUAAAAUGUUCUAUGCUGGGACGGCUUUCUCCGACUUCCUCACGGGGAGCUCCAAAGACUUAGCGAAGCACGUCAAGUUGGUUUGCGAUGGGACGGACCUGACCUCCAAGAUCCAGGACCUGAAGCCCCAGUGCCUGGUCUUCCUGAACAUCCCCAGGUACUGUGCAGGCACCAUGCCCUGGGGCAACCCCGGGGAGCACCAUGACUUUGAGCCACAACGCCAUGAUGAUGGCUGCAUUGAAGUUAUUGGCUUCACCAUGACAUCCCUGGCUGCCUUGCAGGUCGGUGGCCACGGGGAGCGGCUGUGCCAGUGUCGGCAGGUGGUUCUCACCACGUCCAAGGCUAUCCCCAUGCAGGUAGAUGGAGAGCCCUGCAAGCUGGCGGCUUCCUGCAUCCACAUCUCCCUGCGCAACCAAGCCAACAUGGUGCAGAAGACCAAGCGGCGCAACUCCAUGCCUCUGCUCAAUGACCAGCAGCCAGUGCCCGAGCGGCUGCGGAUCCGGGUGAGCCGAAUCAGCAUGCGUGACUAUGAGGCACUGCACUAUGACAAGGAAAAGCUCAAGGAAGCCUCUGUGCCGCUGGGGAUCAUUGUGGUUCCAGGAGACAGUGACCUGGAGUUGUGCCGGACCCAAAUCGAGAGGCUGCAGGAGGAUUUCCCUCCACAGCCCUCUGCUUUAGAGCGCCUGCUCUUUCAGGAGGGAGAUGGAGCCAAACCGAAGACACUGUCAUCCCAGAAGCUGUCACCCAAGUGGUGCUUCCUAGACUCAACCACGGCUGAUCGGUUCUACAGGAUAGACCGUGCACAGGAGCACCUCAACUAUGUUACAGAGAUCUCUCAGGAUGAGCUCUAUGUGCUGGACCCAGAGCUGGUGAUCACUCAGACCGUGAGCACCUCACCUGCCAUGCCUGACCUCGUCGACUCAUCUGCCGCACCUACUGGGCACCAUUUUGCAUUCCCCUCCUCUUCCUCCUCUCCACCCUCUUCUCCUGCAGCCAGCGCUGAGCCUGAGUGCUGCCUCCCGCACAAAGAUGACCUUCUAAUAGAAGCUGCCAAGAGCGGCAACUUCAGCAAGUUCCAAGAGUUGCACCGGGCUGGAAAAGACCUGAUGGUGCGAGACUCCUCGGGCCAGACCGUCCUCCACCACGCUGUCAAAUCAGGGAGCAAGGAUAUCGUCAAAUACAUCAUCGAGAACGCCCCUUCAGAAAUCCUCGAUGCCGCAGAGGAGGAGAACGGUGAAACCAGCUUGCACCAGGCUGCAGCCUUACGCCAGCGCACUAUCUGCCACUACAUCGUGGAGGCCGGGGCUUCGCUCAUGAAGACGGACCUGCAGGGAGACACCCCCAAGCACCGAGCUGAGAAAGCCAACGACCCCGACUUAGCUGCCUACCUCGAGAACCGACAGCACUACCAGAUGAUCCAGCGGGAGGACCAGGAGACAGCUGUGUAGUGCUCGGUGUGCCUUAGCCCAAGCCAGCU